AUGCCCUCUAUCCAUCUCUAUGAGUCAAGAAAAGCAAUCCGAAUAACAAAACUACUGCUGUUACAUUUAGCACAAACUUUGUAUUCUCUGUCACUCCAAAGCACCCUGAUUUUGUCAUGGUCUUGCCUUUGUUCUCAUCCCCACCACAAAGCCAAGAUAAGUCUUUUAAACCAAUACUCGGGUCUUCCAAAUGACGCUAGCGAUGGUCCUUUCCUCGCAGCGGUGUUCCAUAUAGUCCAAAACCAUGAACUCGAAGACAUCAAUGAUAACCAUGUAGAAAUAGAUAUAUCCAGCCUGAUAUCCAACAUAUCAAAGCUAGCUGCCUACUAUUUCGCCAAUGUUAGUGACAUACAUGACAAGAGGAGCAAGUCGAUCAAUAGCGGAGAACCCAUUCAGGCAUGGAUUGACUAUGACAGCAAGGAGAUGUCGAUGAAUGUUUCAAUAUCUCCACAAUGCGUGUUGAGACCCCACGGCCCUUUGAUAUCAUUCCCCAUUGAUCUCUCAUUGGUGUUAGAUGAGUACAUGUAUGUUGGGUUCUCUGGUUCCACCGGUUUGCUGACAGCCUUGCAUUAUGUGCAUGGCUGGAGCUUUAACAUUGACGGAAAGGUACAAGAUUUAGAUUCAAGAAAUCUGCCAUUUCUCAAGAAAGGGUCUAAUAAAGUGGUGCACAAGAAAGGAUUUGCUGUAGCAAGGGGGUUGGGAGAGAAAAAUCUCAUUGGUUAUGGAGGAUUUGGUAGAGUUUAUAGGGGGGUUAUCCCUAGUACAGGGCUAGAAGUGGCAAUUAAGCGGGUGUCUAAUGGUUCUCGUCAAGGAAUGAAAGAGUUUAUUGCUGAAAUUAGGAGCAUGGGACGACUUCGGCACCAGAAUCUUGUACACUAA